CUGACUGGACCAUGUUGGACCACUCUGGGUCCGUUGGGGUUCAGGUAAAAUCAUACAGUGUGUGACUGUUUUAAAACUAAUCUUAAGUCUUCAGAUCCAGUCGCUGUAAGUCUUUCUCAUUACAGGAUUUCAGGAUGAACGACGACCCUCGAAGGCAGCAUAGGGAACGUAGCGCUGAACGGGGAAAGCUGCGUGGCUUAUUGGACUUUGGACACGUUAUUAUCGCCACUAAACUCAGUUUCAGCCUAAGAGAAAAAAAAAAGAAUGGGUGCGGCUGAACUUGCGGAUGUGAAGAAAGGAAAAUGAAAGCAAACACUUGCAGGUCACACGCCGAGGGUGCGUUCUACGUGGCAAUUUCAUUGUUUCAGUAUUUCCAAACCGGUUUGUGCUUCACCACAGCAAACAAUGCGAUGAGGCCACAGUGAGGGAAUGAAGAGAAGCUGAGAAGAGAGAAAACAUGUCUGCAGCAAGAAAGGAACUACAGGAGGCUUUGAGCCGCUACGCCACAGAUACCCUCAUCCACAUCAACACAGUGACAGGAUUCUGUGAGAGGACCACGAAAUGGAUGCUCGCGAGGGAGACAGAAUUACACAUGAUGAUGGACAUCAAAGACAGGGCUGACCACGUCGAUCUUAACUUCAGCCAUGUUACCCAGUCAGAGAACAGAGGUGAGGCUUUUCUCGAAUAUAUGAAGAGCAAACUGACCCUCAUGACUGCGGAUACCAGGCUUGCAGACCUGGAGAAGGAGCUGUCUGCAGUGUUGGAGGACACUCUGGGAGGCCUGGAGAAGCUCGACUGCUUCCUGGAUGCAGUGGAGAAGCUGGCGGUCACCUCACUUCAUGUGUUUGCGGAGAACCAGGUGUUACAUCUGCCCGAGGGGAUCAGCCCUGACCUGGUUCAGGUUGUCAUCAUUGCUGCGCGACUAAUCUCCCCUCUGCUCCUCGAGUUUAAAAGAGACGCACAAGACUUCUUCCUCCCCAGACUUCAGAAUGUGGAAGUGCUGUCGUAUCAGCUGGACAAAUACAUACAGACCACCCAGAAAAUCUGCGAAAAGUUAGAGAAAAGCUCCUUCAGCGACCUUUGCCUGAAGAAGACCACGGAGGCUGUGGUUGACCUUGAUGCUGAUAUGUGUGAAGAUGACGUACGGAGGAUGCUCGAUCACAUUAAUCAGCUUGAUGAAAUCAGGAUGAACCAGCACUUCCGGACAGUGUUCUUGUUCAAAGAAGAAUCAUGUUCUAACUUUAUCCGUGAGUUCAGUGAGCGACAGCCCAGGAUGCUGGAGUUUCUAAAAGACAUGGAGGAGAGCGCUGUUCAGCUUGACAGGAUGAGUAAAGGGGCAAAAAUCUCCAGUGUGGCAGGCAGCUCAGUGGGGGCAGUUGGAGGUGUGCUUUCCAUUGUUGGUUUGGCCUUAAUUCCUGUAACAGCAGGCGUGUCUCUUGCUCUGACGAUGACAGGGGUAGGGCUGGGAAUCACCAGCGGAGUUAACAGCGUUGUCACCACAGCCACAGAGAUAGGAGUAAACCGUACACAACAAAAAAAAGCCAGUGAAGUCUUCCAGAGCUUCAUGGAGGAUGUGCAGAGUCUCCAGGAUUGUCUGGACGAGGUGACCAAGAGGGAAACAGGUGAGAUAGAUGUGGCUUUGGGAGUAGGUAAGGUGCUUUGUAAAGCGGCUGUCAUUGGAAAAGGCAUUGAUUCAUUAGUUGAUGCUGCCUCUGCUGUAAAGUUGUUGCAAAGUGAAGAGUUGAUUACAGGUGUUGGUAAGGCGGUGGUCCAGGAAGGUAAAGCAUUACGUAAUGUGCCCAGAGUGGCCUCAGACAUCCCAGAUAUUGGUCAGGCAGCAGUCAAAGGGCCUCUUGCUCUCUCCAACUCAGCCAGGGCAGGUCUAAUCGUUGCCAAUGCUCUGUUCCUCGGCAUGGAUAUCUUCUUCAUCUGUAAAGACAGCGUCGGACUGGCCAAAGGCAGCGAGACUGAAGUCUCAAAGUUCCUCAGAGCCAGAGCUGCACUUUGGAGCUCAGAGAUUGACUCAUGGCAGAGGAUCUGUGACUCCCUUCGUGAAGGCGUGCUCACAUCAGAGAAAAAGGAAGUUAUCCUGGAGACGCCAUUUUACCAUGAGAUGGACAGAGAUGGAAGUGGAUGAAAACAGAAGGAACAGUUGUAUGUGAUACAGUAGGGCUCAGUGAAAAGUACUGCACUUGGGAUGCUUCCAUGCCAACUCUGACACUGUGAUCAGAUGUCAGAUCCAUUUUCUGUAAGUAAAUCAUAGUUUAUAGCUCACUGCAGCAAGUUGAUCAGCAUUUCUCCCUCAAGGACACAGACCAAAUUUUCCCGACAGAAUUCCUGAUGGCGUUUAUGCUUUUACUCUCAAUCAGUGCUGCUCAGAACAUGAGGAGACUCUGUGACCAUAACUGGAAAUUAAUACUAAACCCUCUGAUGUUCUCUAUUAAAAAAAUACCUGCACACUGUUAAAUAUUUCUCAUGACAAGAAAUUAAUGUAAAUGAUCCCAAUGCAUUGUUAUUGACACAUGUAAAGCUUUCGUUUGUAUUUUUUAUGUUGUUCUUAUUUUGGUGUUUCCUGUGAAGACGGAAAUUUAUUUUGAAAAGACGUGGUGCUCAUGUAACGAGCGGCUGGCUAAUAGUGGGCGACAGGGCGCCGCCGUCCUUGACCCAUAAGAGUCUUUUUAUUAUUGUCCAAUCAGCAGCCUGACCAGCUCCGGGAGGGCUUGCCCCAACGUGCUUUCGUCAUACGCACUAGUGGCGUCACGCGCGCAUGCGCAUACGCAUUCACGUUCACGUUCAAGAUCAACAUGGCUAGCAUUGCAACUCAACAGAGCAACUCCGUCGUGCCAUUGUCGGAAUUACCAUUCUAUCGUCGGAGCAAUCAAGAUAAAGUGGCUAUCAAAGAUUUAGGACCACGCAGACUAAAUUUAAAUAUCAAGCAGGUGGCUUCAAAGGCGGGGAAAACCUACAGCCGCGGAUUUUCACGGAGCUGGCUAGCAUGAUGCGAACUAGCUAACGCGCCGUUCUGCUAGCCCUGCUAAUUUAGCCGGAUGGAAGGACAGACACCGACCUGCACCAUCUUUCGGAGACAGAAAACAUGAAACAUCGACGAUACAAAUGGACAAGUGCCUGAAACUUUUUUGGAAGAGUUAACAUCGCCACACAGCUGGAUGAGAGCUACAUGAUAGCUAUGUGUCGUCGCAACGACGAGGUGAUCAAGAGCCGCCA